AUGGAGAGUCUUGCAGCGGGCAAACUCUCUUUGAAAGGAACAAGAAUUUGCCUCAGUUCUUUGUCACGCUGGUACUUGCCCUCUGUUCCGUCAUGCCGUCAAUAUGCCUUGAUUGCAACCACUCGGCGCAUGAGCGCAUACGACCGUGCCGCCGCACAUGAUCGUCAUGAUUCCGUGCGCGGAGUCGCCUCAUCUUCUCAGGCGCACCCUUUGUCGGGUUAUUACUCUUUGAUAUUGAACUCGCCCUCUCCAUAUAAAGCUCGCACAUCAACUGCACCAUCGAGCACCACUCAGCCCGAAGACCAAACACCGACACCUGCGCCAGCUGCUACAUCGAAGCCCCAGACACCUCAAGAAAAGAUGGCUAUUGUCUUUGGUACCCGCCUUGCAGGUCCUGGCCGCCAGUCGCGCUACAAUCCCGGCGAAGCGCCGCCAGAGGCUAUGUGGAAAACGAUCAAUGGGGUACCCAUACCGCCCCGCCCCGAGGAACCGGACAAUUGCUGCAUGAGUGGCUGUGUACAUUGUGUUUGGGAUGAUUUCCGAGAUGAAAUGGAGGACUGGGCCGGGAGAGUCAACACGGCGAGGGCCAAGGGUGGCCCCGAGAAAGGCACAGCAGACAUGCGUACUGCCCCCCGAGCCGAGGUCAACUCGGCCAGUCUCAGUAUGGAUGAUGACGGCGGCGGAAGCGAAACCAAUUGGCCUGUGCCGAGUCAAACCGAUGAUCUCUUUGCCAGUAUUCCUGUUGGCAUUCGGGAGUUUAUGAAGACGGAAAAGAAAUUGCGGGUGAAACACCAGAAGGAAGCCGCGGCGUGA